UACUCCAGGACAGUAAUUCUUGGCAAGACCGAAUGGCCGAGUUCGCUGUUAGCACCGUUCUUGCAAACGUGGGCAAUCUUGCUGUUCAGGGGACAAGUUUUGUAUGCGCGGUCACCUUGGAAGUGGCAGUCCUGAAAGAUGAGCUAAUGCGACUGCAGGCCUACCUCAAAGAGGCCGAGAGCAAACGGAGAUCUGGAAAUGCAAGAGUUGCUGUUCUUCUGAGCCAGAUUAGGGAUGCCGCAUAUGAGGCUGAGAACGCCAUCGAAGCUGCAGAGUACAUGAAGAAAAGAAACAUGAUAAAGAAGGGCUUCAAGGCUGCAGUCUCAAGGUAUGCUCGCUUACCGGGUGAUUUGACUACCCUUCGUAAAGUUGGUGUUAAAAUUCAGCGUGUAAGAAGGAAGCUCAAUGAGAUAUUUCAGAGUGUAGAACGCUUGAAUAUUGACUUGGAUAUUCAAGAUGUGGAUGAGUGUCUAGAAGAUUAUGACCUUGCACACCAAAACUUUGAGGGUGAUUUUGUCAUGGUUGGUUUCGAGAACGAGUACAAAGAAAUAGUCAAUAAGUUAGUUCAGGGGGGAAAUAUGCUUAGUGCUAUCUCCAUAGUUGCUAUGGGUGGUGCAGGAAAAACAACAGUUGCUAGAAAAGUGUAUACUGCAUCCGCAGUCAAACAACACUUUGAGGUGCUUGUUUGGGUGACUGUUUCUGAAAAAUUCAAGGUCAUUGAUUUACUAAAGGAAAUUGUGAAGCAAAUGCCUAGUGAUGUUGGUCUGUCUAUAAAUGAUGAAAUGAAUGAGUAUGAGGUGGGAAAGAAGAUCCAUGAUAUCCUCAUCCAGAAAAGAUACUUGGUAGUUCUCGAUGAUGUGUGGGAAACAGAUACAUGGGAGCAAAUAAAUAGAACAAUUAAGGCCUUUCCAGAUGCGGCUAACUCUAGUAGAGUACUAUUAACUACAAGAAAACAAGAUGUUGCGAAUCACGUUGAAAUGCCAACCCAUGUUCAUUCUUUGAGAUGUUUAGAUGAACAGAAAAGCUGGGAACUUCUUAGUAGCAAAGCUUUACCAUCAUACAAAAGGUCAGACAUACGUGAUCUGGAUAAGUUUGAAAUCUCAGGGAGAAAGCUUACAAAGAAAUGUGAUGGAUUACCGCUUGCACUUGCAGUUUUAGGGGGUUAUCUAUCAAAGAAUCUCAACACACAAGCAUGGUCCGAUGUACUGUUGGGCUGGCCAUCAACCAAAGACACACAGAUGAUGUGGGGCAUAAUAGCUCGCAGUUACAAGGACCUACCGAAUCACUAUUUGAGAUCCUGUUUUCUCUAUCUUGCUGCUUUUCCUGAGGAUUUCAUAAUAUCCGUGUCGGACCUUAUAAAUUUAUGGAUAGCAGAAAGCUUGAUUCCAUAUACACCAAAGCAUAUACUAGAAGAAACAGCACGUAAGUAUGUAACUGAGUUGGCUCAAAGAAGCUUGGUACAAGUUGUUGAAACAAAUGAUAUAUAUGGAUGGAUUGAGAAGAUAAAGAUUCAUGACAUCUUACGUGACUGGUGCAUAGAAGAAGCAACACAAGAUGGUUUUCUUGAUAUCAUCGAUGAGACUACUAGAGGACAAGAUGGUGCGCCUUCAUCUCAUAACCCGAUAUCCUAUCGUUCUUCUUUUCAAAAUUCGAGUGAGCAGAUUCUACAGGCACCACCUAAUCUCCGAGCUUUGUUUGGCUUUGGACUUUUAUCAGUAUCUUUUCCCAAGCUAAGAUUCCUAAGAGUUCUUCAUGUUGAGAAUGCGAGACUGGAGAAUUUCUCGGAAGUAAUUGGUGGGUGCGUUCACCUGCGACACCUCGGAUUGAGAAGAUGUAGAAAUGUGGUGAUUCCUUCUUCAGUCAGGAAACUCCUUUACUUGCAGACUAUAGAUCUGGCAGGGGUCUUUCGACAUGAAUCAGAAGUUUCAAGCUCCCUCUGGGAUAUACCUACUCUAAGGUAUGUAGAUAUUCCUAGAAUUUCUCUGCCCAGGAGUGUGCAAUUUCAAAAAAGCCUACGGGAGCUUCAUAUGUUCGCUUCUAUUUAUGAAAUUGAAAAAGAUCCGAUGCCGAUCCUGGAGAUGCUUCCUUGUCUUGUGAUGCUGGGGUUGAAUGGUUUUAAAGCUGAAACCAUGAGCUUCAAGGCCCAAGGGUUUCCUCGUCUGCAAGAGUUAACACUUGAAAUGUGUUCCAUUAAGUGGAGGAUGGAGGUUGGGGCAAUGCCGAAGCUAUUCCACCUAUCAUUUAAAAGAUGCCCGCAGAUGGACGGAAUCCCCAAGGGAUUAUUGCACCUUCCAUCCCUUAGGUCCGUAUCACUUCGUGAUUUGAGAAAAUACUAUUUGAGUGACAAUACAGUGAAAGGGCUCAAGCAGAAAGGAUGCGAGGUCAAAGAAAGUCGUACCCCGUUCUAAGGAUUAUGUUUGAAGUAUGGUCCAAAUGUAUAAUACAUGUCAAAGGAAGUCGUAAUCUUCAAACAGCAGGGAUGAUCAAGUAUUCUUAUUACUUCCUAGUUAUGACUUAUGAAGGCAUUAUGGUCCGGUUAUGAUCUCUCAUUGGAUGGACAAAUAUCUCGCGCAUAUGGUUGAUUCAUGUAUGUCAUGUGGUCUUUUCAAUGCAUGCCAUUAUGUCUAUUUGUCUCAAUAAAUGAGUGCGUGUGUCUCUUAAGUAUUGUAUCAAAUGAUUUGUAUUUUAUUGGAUUGAGAUUAUCACA